AUGUCUCGAAUUACUGCCAUUCACAAAGUCGGCGCAUUUCGGCGCCUUGUCACGCUGAACACCCCGCGAGCUUAUGACUCCUACUAUCCUGGAAAGCAUAGCAUUGACUUUGCUUACUUCCCUCAAUACGAGCUCCGUGAGCCCGCAAAGAAUGAGAUAAUGCGUAUUCCCAUCCUUCCCUUCAAUUCUUCACCGCCUGCAAGAAGCAACGAAGCUCUUGAGUCGGUGAUCCGACCGGAGAUCACAACGGCAAGUGCGAAUGGAACACAUAUCGAGUCUCCCUCCGCAAUGUCAGACGUGACAGACAAUCCAGGACACACAGAUCUCGAUCCUUUUGACUUGACGAACACGGUCACCACGGCGGCGUCUGAAGUGACGGGUUUGCCCAUCGAAAGACUGCAGGAGCCGGGGGUCGUAAAGGAACUUUGGAAUGGACUGCUGGAUGAUAUUUUAGGGGCGAGGAAGACUGCGAAGGCGUGA